CGCCAGCCGCGCCCCCGCCGCCCCGACGGGCGCCCCGCGCCGCGCCCGCCGCCGCCCGGCCCCCGCGGGCACCAUGAAGCGCGAGGUGUGCUCCGUGGCCUUCGGCAAGGCCGUGUUCGCCGAGUUCCUGGCCACCCUCAUCUUCGUCUUCUUCGGCCUCGGCUCGGCGCUCAAGUGGCCCUCGGCGCUGCCCACCAUCCUGCAGAUCUCCCUGGCCUUCGGCCUGGCCAUCGGCACGCUGGCCCAGGCGCUGGGCCCCGUGAGCGGCGGCCACAUCAACCCGGCCAUCACGCUGGCCCUGCUCGUGGGCAACCAGAUCUCGCUGCUCCGCGCCCUCUUCUACGUGGUGGCCCAGCUGGUGGGCGCCAUCGCGGGCGCGGGCAUCCUGUACGCGCUCGCGCCGCUCAACGCCCGCGGCAACCUGGCCGUCAAUGCGCUCAACAACAACAUAACGCCGGGCCAGGCAGUGGUGGUGGAGCUGAUCCUGACCUUCCAGCUGGCGCUCUGCAUCUUCUCCUCUACUGACGCCCGCCGCACCAGCCCGGUCGGCUCCCCGUCCCUCUCCAUCGGCCUGUCGGUCACACUGGGCCACCUGGUGGGGAUCUACUUCACCGGCUGCUCCAUGAACCCAGCCCGCUCCUUCGGCCCUGCAGUGGUCAUGAAGAGGUUCAGUCCCGCGCACUGGGUCUUCUGGGUGGGGCCCAUCGUGGGAGCUGCCCUGGCCGCCAUCCUCUACUUCUACCUGCUCUUCCCGCACUCCCUGAGCCUGAGUGAGCGCGUGGCCAUCGUCAAGGGCACCUACGAGCCUGAGGAGGACUGGGAGGAGCAUCGGGAGGAGCGGAAGAAGACCAUGGAGCUGACGGCGCACUGAGCCGCACCAGGCAGGGGCCAGCCCCUCGGCCUCCGAACCGCAGGGAAGAAAAGAGA